AUUGCUGAGAGCCUUCUGACAGACCCACAAGCCCCCCUCUGCUGUGCUGGGGGAGGGGGUGGAAUAAUCCAUUCUUGUAAACAUUUGUGGACAUUUUCUAUUUGCGGUUGAAAAAUCAGGGUUGAAAUUGGAAGAGAUCCUAGGAGUGAUGUGUUGAAACUCUGUUUUUCAAACUCUUUUUUACAAGUGAUGAGAAAGAGACAGGAGUGUGGGUGAUCUGCCUCCAAGUCACACAUGCGAGGGGAGAGCUGAGAGUACCACUUGUUGGGCUAUUUAAGGCUUAGUGAUGACUUGAGGGUUUGAAAGGGGAGGGAUAUUGACUGUUUUCCAGAAGGCGCAAUCCAAGAGUCCCAGCUCCUUUGGUACAGGAGGCAUCCCCAACAGAACUUUAGUCUGUUCAGGCUGGCUUCUAGAAGUUCAGUAGCAUUACCGUGUUGCUAUGGAUGCAGCCGCCGCCUCCGCAGCUGCAUCCUCGGGCAGUUGGUCCAGCGACGCUCUCUGCUCACCUUCUAGGAUCUCCUUCCUUCCUAGACAAGAUGUCUCAUCAGAAGAAGCAGCCCACUUCCUUCCCUCCCGUGAGUUGCGGGAAGUCCUCCGGAGGCGGCGGCGGAGGCGGCGGGAGCUCCGGAGGAGGCGUCAAGUACUCCAGCGGCGGCGGCGGUGGCUCCUCCGGGGGCGGCUGCUACUCCAGCUGCGGUAGCGGCGGCGGCGGCCACUCCGGGGGCGGCGGCCACAGCUGCGGCGGUAGCCACUCCGGGGGCGGCGGAGGCCACAGCUGCGGCGGUGGCCACUCCGGGGGCGGCGGCUCCAGCAGCUGCGGCGGCGGCUCCGGAGGAGGCGUCAAGUACUACGUCGGCGGCUCCAGCUGCGGCGGUGGCUCCUCCGGGGGCAGUGGCGGUGUUUGCUACUCCAGCUGCGGCGGCGGCAGCGGUGGUGGUUCCGGCAGCUGCGGCGGCGGCUCCUCGGGAGGCGGCGGCUCCAGCUGCGGGGGCGGCAGCGGCGGCGGCUCCAGCCAUCCCUACCAAUGCCAGAGCUACGGCGGGGGCUCUAGCGGCGGGGGCUCCAGCUGCGGAGGUGGCAGCGGCGGCUACUCCGGCGGCGGCUCCAGCUGCGGCGGCGGCUACUCCGGGGGCGGUUCCAGCUGCGGAGGUGGCAGCGGCGGCUACUCCGGGGGCGGUUCCAGCUGCGGAGGUGGCAGCGGCGGCUACUCCGGGGGCGGCUCCAGCUGCGGCGGCUCCUCGAGCGGCAGCGGCGGCUACUGCUCCUCGCAGCAGUCCACCCAGUCCUGCUGCGCGCCCCAGCAGAGCUACGGCGGCGGCUCCUCCGGCGGCAGCGGCGGCUGCUAUUCCAGCUGUGGCGGAGGUUCCUCCGGGGGCGGCUCCAGCUGUGGCGGAGGUUCCUCUGGGGGCGGCUCCAGCUGCGGCGGCGGCGGCUCCUCCGGGGGCAGUGGCGGUGGUUGCUACUCCAGCUGCGGCGGCGGCUCCUCCGGAGGCAGCGGCGGCGGCUCCAGCUGCGGAGGCGGCUCCUCUGGGGGCAGCGGCGGCGGCUCCAGCUGCGGAGGCGGCAAGGGCGUCCCGGUGUACCACCAGACCCAGCAGAAGCAGGCGCCUUCCUGGCCGUGCAAGUAAGACCCCCCAGGUCACCACGGAGACCGAUGAGCUGCAGGUGUUCUCCGUGGGUGCCGGUGGGCCUAGCGCUCUCAUGAUAUUGCCCGAGGAUUCCCUAUCCUUCUGGUCCAGACAGUCCCCAGAAGAAGUCUCCGGAUUCUCUGGCUGUGUCUGGUUCCGCGAUUUUCCUUCCUGAUGUCUGUACAACUACCUCCCACCCUCAGUGCCUCCACCAUCAAUAAAUGCGCAAUUCAUGGGAA